GCUCGAGUCAGUCGUUGACGCGCGCUCGUUUCGAUUGCAUCGGGUAUUAAAUGGUGCUCGUAUCUCCGCAACGAACGUUUCCCAGUUCGUCUCUGAUGUAAAAGUCUGGUGUGCUUGUCCCGUAUUCUCGACGAAACCGUUCCUCAUCAUGCGUGCGAUCACGAGAUUACUCAGCUACACGCUCCCACUGUUGCUGCCAAUGGUGGCCGCGAUCGGCACCGACCAGUCCGCCUCGAAUUUCGAGACUGUUCACACCAGCAACGCGGCGAUCCUGAACCGUCUCGGGCUGGUUCCGCUCCAGAUCCCCGACGGCCACCAUAAGAAACGUUUGGCGGGGCCGGAGCCGCCGGGGCUGGGUUCUCAGACGAGGAUCCACCAGCCGUAUAGUCGUCGUCACGGUCACCGGGACAGCCACGUGUACAUCGUGAAGCUCCCCGCCAGUCCGCCGUACUACACCAUCACGAAGCCGCACAAACCGCUCAAAGACGAGAAGGUGACGAAGACCGGGCCGAACUUCCCGGUCGGUUUCCAGGGAAACGGCAAGCCGGCGAAGAUCUACCAUUGGAACCUGCCGAUGAUGAGGAAGAUCGGCGAGAAGAAGAGGCUGCAGGCGCAGCUGAAGAUGGACCAGGCGAAGAAGAAGCUGGAGGACGCGAAGAAGCACGGAGGAACGAAGAACUUGAACGAGGACGCGCCGAAGGGAGCCCAGAAGGCUGUCCACGAGGCUGCGCCGGAGAACAAGAGAUAUUUCGGCGCGGACAACAACAGGAUCUCCGUUCGUCAGAAGCAGAGCGCCGCGAAGCACGUCAGGAACAACGACAAGAGGCUCAGCUAUCCCGACCUUGAGGACAAGACCGGCGAAACAGCGAAGAAGAGCAACGGCGGCAACGCGGGAAACAAGACUUACAGGUUGAACGAUUCCGGCGUGCACAGGAUCCACUUGACGAACGAGCUUCACGGCUCGAGGAACACCGCCAAGGUGAAGAAGCACCGGAAGAAGGCGGCCAUGUCCUACUACGCGCCGAUCUCCAAUAAAUCCGGAUCAACGAGCAUCCACAAGAACUUCCCCGGGAACGGCAAGCCGAAAGCGUUCUACGUGAUGGAGAAGAGUCGCAAGCCCGUCUACUAUCAUCCCCUUUUACCUUAAUCGAUCUGCUCCGAGCCCGCGUGUCCUGUGUGAACAUGUGUGUAACCGCGUCUCUCACGUGUCAACUGCCCGUGAACUCUCUGUUAGCCUAAGUCCUAAGUAGUCGCGUAUCGCCACGGCCGGACAGAGGCCGCCAGCACGAUUCGAAUCCUUUCGGAGAAACGGGAGAUAGAUAGACGCAGAGAGAGAGAGAGAGAGAGAGAGAGAGAGAAAGAGACAGAGAGAUAGAGCGACAGGGAGAGAGAAAAACAGAGACUACGAUCUCUCGGUUAGUCGUCCUCGCUCGAGGUUACAAGCAUCCUGCUGCAAAGCCGUUCCACUUCCGUUACAAUUGUUAGGAGGUUAGUCUUAGGUCCUCUCUCUCGAAAGGAGAACUUAAAUUACGGAUAGAUUAAGGGAUUUUGCAUCGACCGCGACCGGAUGUCGUCACAGUGUUCCCUCUGCGCACGCACAUUAUUUUCGAGUGCUCGCAACAAACAACGACCCGCGUAAAUUGGUCCAGCAGGGCUCAAAAUAAAGUGGAACCUAUCCGCAUCUGCAUUUUGAAUUUUUUUGGAACAGAAAUUGUGAGAAGGAGGGAUCGAGGAUCGUGUACGGAGGGAAUACUGUGCUCGGUGAUUGGUUUCGGGGAAGGAGACGACGUUCGACCGUUGUUCCAUCGCGGGCCAGGCGUCGACUGUCGCCUCCGGUCGCUACGUUUAUCUUGUACAAUAUAUUUUUCUAAGUUUAACAGAUACUUUUCUAUCGUACGAUGUGCCGUUUCACGCUCGUCGCCAACGGUCCCUCCGACGAGACGAGACGCGGCGGGCGAAGACCACGGGGACGCGAGGAGAAACGGGCGCUGGCUAUGUCAUAGUUGUGCGCGCGUGGAAGAGUAAUGGUGCCCGGUCUCCUCUCCGGAGCGAUCGUUCACGAGCGAAUUCUUAAGAAAGACUGGACAAUAUAACUUCUCGACAGGAUGUACAUGCCUUUUCUACACGUAUAUAGCCGCGCAAGGAUUUUUACUGGUUCUUUUAUCGCUAAAUUUUGCAUACCGCGAGAGCAGCAUUUUUUAUAUUCUUAUAUUAUAUAUAUAUAUGUAUACACACGUUAUAGGAGGAAAGCUCAAUUGUAUCGAACCAUGGCAUUCAGUGUAGCGAAUAAAAGUAUUUAUAGUACUUUGUACACGAGCAUCCGUCGGCCUGUGCACGCGCAUAACCGUCUGCUCCCGUUCGCGGGUGGUCGCGUCGCGUCCCAGCGUCGGGCAAAGUGCGAUCCAAUUAAUUCGCUAUCCAAUUAACGAUUGCGAUCUUGUUAUAAGCGGAGCAAUUACAAGCAACUUCGAAUCGGUAAUGAAUUUUUUUUAUCGACGGCCGAUCCUGCGAAACGGAAUAGGAUCGCUGGUCGAGAUUUAUUCAUUAAAUUAAUCACCGUCACAAUGGAUUACUCUCUCGAUUACGAUCGAAUAAUAAUACUGUAAGUGCAGAA